AUGAGGCACGCGGGGGUCGGCGUCGGGGUGGGCCUGUGGGGGCCCAGUCCGCGGGGAGACCGGCCCCAGAAGGACAAGGGGGCGGGCAAGGGCUCGGCCAAGGCGGCCGCCCUGCACGCCGUGCAGUCCGUGCAGUCCGUGAGGGGCAGCUCGCCGCCGCCGUCGCCGCAGUCGCCGCCCAGGCAGAUCCUGGCCAAGUCCACGGAGAUGAUCCGCCAGUCGUCCCUCACCAGGCUGGGCUGCAUCAUCAACACGGCCGUCAACGGCGGCAAACGCUCAGGGAAUGGAGACACGCAGUGGUACUUUUCCCAGGUUAAAGGGACUCUGGACGACGACGUUACGGAAGCUGAUAUAAUAUCAUGUGUUGAAUUCAACCAUGAUGGAGAUCUUCUAGCAACUGGCGACAAAGGAGGACGUGUUGUCAUAUUUCAAAGAGACCCUGUUAGUAAAAGUGUAAUUCCAAGGAGAGGAGAAUACAAUGUCUACAGCACUUUCCAGAGCCAUGAACCUGAGUUCGAUUACCUCAAAAGUUUAGAAAUAGAAGAAAAAAUCAAUAAAAUCCGGUGGCUCAAGAGAAAGAACCAAGCUCAUUUCUUGCUGUCCACUAAUGAUAAAACCAUUAAACUGUGGAAGGUGUCUGAAAGGGACAAGAAAGUUGAGGGUUACAACACCAAAGAAGAGACUGGGCAGGCUCGUGACCCAUCAUGUAUAACACAAUUGAGAGUCCCUGUCAUAAAGCCCAUGGAGCUCAUGGUUGAAGCAUCACCACGAAGAAUUUUUGCCAAUGCGCACACAUACCACAUAAACUCAAUUAGCGUUAACUCUGACCAGGAGACAUACUUGUCUGCAGAUGAUCUUCGAAUCAAUCUCUGGCAUCUAGAGAUAACAGAUCAGAGCUUCAAUAUUGUAGAUAUUAAGCCCACCAACAUGGAAGAACUGACAGAAGUUAUCACUGCUGCAGAGUUUCACCCUGUGGAGUGCAACCUCUUUGUAUAUAGCAGUAGCAAAGGAACCAUCCGGCUGUGCGACAUGCGAGCAGCUGCUCUUUGUGAUAGGCAUUCGAAGUUGUUUGAAGAGCCUGAAGAUCCAACCAAUCGAAGUUUCUUCUCAGAAAUUAUUUCAAGUAUAUCGGAUGUGAAACUCUCAAAUUCUGGACGGUAUAUGAUCUCAAGGGACUACCUGUCUGUGAAAGUGUGGGACUUGCACAUGGAAACGAAACCUAUUGAGUCCUAUCCGGUCCAUGAGUAUCUAAGGUCUAAAUUAUGCUCAUUAUAUGAGAAUGAUUGCAUUUUUGAUAAAUUUGAGUGCUGCUGGAAUGGUAAUGACUCUGCCAUUAUGACUGGGUCUUACAAUAAUUUCUUCCGUAUGUUUGACCGAACAACUAAAAAGGAUGCUACUUUGGAAGCCUCGCGGGACGUGGCUAAACCCAAGACUUUACUCAAGCCUAGAAAGGUUUGUACUGGAGGGAAAAGGAAGAAGGAUGAUAUCAGUGUAGACUGCCUGGACUUCAACAAGAAAAUCCUUCACACAGCUUGGCAUCCUCUAGAGAAUAUUAUUGCUGUUGCAGCCACCAACAACUUGUUCCUCUUUCAGGACAAAUUCUAGCUUUUCUCUUCCAAAUUAGAUUUGGGAAAGAGACGCUGGGUGCAAUAGUUCAACAUGGCCUCUACUGACUGACCCUCAGGAGUUCUCCUCUUACCAAUAAGGGCCACUCUAUGCUGAUUCAUUCAUGCCCAGGCUCAAGUUGCAGUUAUGUCUUCCGUUAGGUUUUUGUGGGAAGAUGGAGGUGGUCUCAGUGGCAUUGUAAAGAGACAGCCUGCAUUGAAUUCAUGAAUUUGAAGCAGUCAUUGCAGUAGUAUCACAGGAGUUGCUUAUUUUCUCAUGGUAGUUAUAUUAUUAAUGAUAAUAAUAAUGAGGAGGGCAACUGAUCAUGAAAAGGUUUAGGCAGUCAUUAGAAUAUAUUUCAAUACAAAUUUGGCAAUCAUCAGUACUGUGCUGCUCCAAUUUAGACUUCUUGCUUCUCCUGAAUUUGGCUGCAGUUCUUUGGCAUUAUAUAUGUUAACUUAUUGCAGCGAAUUGAGAACUUCAUUUUGAAGCGAAUUAAUAGUUGCCAUGAAACAGUUCAAGUUAUUAUUUUCAAGCUGAGCUUGUACGCCUUCCAUUAUUUUAUCUCCUUCGUUUAUUUAUUUAUUUAUGGCUUAUUUUGACUUGUGUAUGAAAAUGAUCAAGCGAUGGGGUCAGUAGUAUCUGCUGACAGAACGACUGAGGUACCUGUUGAAAUAUUAGGGUAGUGAGGAUGCAUUCCAUGAACCAUCCCCUGGGCCAAUAUUCCUGUUGAAGUGUCUAUGUGUGUUCACAUGCAGUAUUGACUUCAAUUGACAGUAGCAUGCCUAUCUUUUCGGGAUAUGUGAGAUGAGUUUACUGCUUAACCAAUCACAGGACUUUAUAUUUUGGCCCGCAUUUUUUAACGAAAGAAAUAUUUACGCCACCUUUUUUUUUCAAUGGGUAGUUGUGAGAAACUUGUGAUACACUUGAAUUGUGGAGGAUGUGUGUUGGGCAGCUUUUUUAAGUAUGGUCACUGUAUUGUCAUUCUGUUUUGAUUUUAUGAACUGUACUUAAUGUUGUGAUACCACUUUGAGGGAGUGUAAAUGAAUUUUGGUGGAACCCUCCCUCCCCUCCUUCAUGCUGCACUUGACUUAAUUGAUUCAAUUGUCCAAAUACAAGUGUAAGCUGGCCAAUGUCUUUUAAAAAAUUAAUACCCGGUGGUUUUUAUGGAGUACUUUGAUACAUUUGUACUUGUAAUUUAUAACUCAUCCUUGAAAGAAGAUUUAUGAGAACAAAGCCAUUGUCAGACUGUUGGAAAGCUUUUGUACUACCAGUAUUAAGUCAUGCCCAGUGAUGGACACUUAGUAAACAUGUUUAUGUUUUAAGGGUCCAUUUUACCCCCAAAAGGAUUUUAUGUAAUUUUAUGUUCAAGUUUUGUCCUCCAAAUUAAAAAAAAUUUUAAAUUGUAAAGUGGUUGUUACUGUCAACUGCUCCCUAUGUAUUUCUUUCUUUCUUUUUUUUUUUUUGUCAUUUGUGGUGAAAUCCAUCAGUUCUGUUGCUUAGUUUCUAAUUUUAAGUUUCCAAAUUCGUUAUGCUUCACUGGCUUUUUCUCGUAUUACUUUUUUCCUCUUCAGUUAUAUUGAAUCUUGAUAUGCUCAGUUAUGAUUUGUGAUCGAAAUAUUAUAUGUUUGUAGGUAGGUAUCUGAUUGAGAAAAUUUGGAAUACAUGUAGGGUACGAGAUGACCUGUCAUUUUGUUGUUUUCCAUACUUGUGGGCAAAUGAAAGCUGUCAGGAUAGUUCAAGUGUGAGAAUUCAUUUUGAUACAUGAUUAAUAAAUAUUUUUGUACUGAA